GUUGUUUGUUGUUAUUCACUUCAUCGUUACAUAUGAUUAAUUAGGGUUUUGAUGCUUUAUCUAAUUGAAUUGCAGCGGCGGCUAGGUAGAGAUGGCACGCACCAAACAAACUGCACGUAAAUCUCACGGCGGAAAGGCUCCGAGGAAGCAACUUGCUACCAUUGCUGCACGGAAGACGACGCCGCAUGCAGGAGGGGUGAAGAAGCCGCACAGGUACAGGCCGGGAACGGUGGCGCUGAGAGAGAUAAGGAAGUACCAGAAGAGCACAGAGCUUCUGAUCAGGAAGCUCCCCUUCCAGAGGCUCGUCCGGGAAGUUGCCCAAGACUUCAAGACGGACCUCCGCUUCCAGAGUCACGCCGUGUUGGCCCUUCAGGAGGCCGCCGAGGCGUACCUUGUCGGCCUCUUUGAGGACACCAACCUCUGCGCCAUCCACGCCAAGCGCGUCACCAUCAUGCCCAAAGACGUCCAGCUCGCCAGGCGAAUCCGCGGCGAGAGGGCUUAGCUUUGAUGAUGAUGAUGAUCAUCCCAUGGUGGUGAAUUGUUGACGAUGGAAUAAAGAUCACUGCUUGUUAAUUUCAUUUCUAGCACAAUCAACAUAAGUUUAAGGUUAUGAUUUUCAGUUUCUGUUACUAGCUAGGUGGACGAAUCAGAUGAAAUUUAUAUGAAUUGAAUCUGAUGCAACUAUAAUUAUAAUAAUAUGGCACUCCAAUA